AGCUUAUGAAGUUCUGUCGGAUGUGACCAAGAGAAGAGAGUACGACCAGUUUGGUGAAACCACAUACUUCACCGGAGAGACGCAAGGCAGUCAGAGAUCAGACUCCCACCAACCUUUCAGCUUCAACUUCGACGACAUGUUUAAGGACUUUAACAUCUACAGCCAGAACAGACACGCCCGUCACAGGAGACACUUUGAAGAACAGUCCAGGUCCAACAAGGAGUCCCACAGCAGACACAAGAGACACGUCCCGGGUGGAUUUGGAGCGGGUGUUUUUGAUGACGUGUUUGAAGACAUGGAGAGAAUGUUUACUUUCGACAAACAUCCCAAACAGACUGAAAGCAGGUUUAACGGAGCACCAAAGCAACACUGUAGAACGGUGACGCAGCGCAGAGGGAAUAUGGUGACCACAUACACAGACUGCACUGCAGCUUGAGGAGAACACAUCCUGUGGGACAGACGGCGGGACACAAAGCCUGCUGGUUACAAGGCUGCGAAAUGUUGAACUGCCGUUCAGAUUGUACGUUGAUCUGCUCUGAAUCUGAAUUUUUUUUAUUGUUGUCACACAUUCCUGAGUGUAUUUGUACGUAAAUGUAGACGUUUUUGUAUAUUUUUUGUAGGGGAGUGUUUUUUUGAAUGUCACUCAAGCACCUUUUGUCAGUAAUGAAAUUUGAAAACAUUAAUUUCAUUCCUGAAAACUAAAUAUGUUCCUCAAUAUGACAAAUACACAUCAGACUACUACGCUUUGGGGGACGGUUUAUAGUUUUCUUGUAUAAACUGUGAUUUUUGUUUAUACAGUAGUCCCUUCGGUACUUAGCGGUUCAUUUAUCGUGGAUUCGCUAUAUCGCGUUUUUUCAAAGUAAGAUUGGACCAGACACAAUUGGCUGAUUGAUGGAUGAGCUAUGGGUUG